AUGGCCAACUUACAUCUUUUCUCCGUCGUCUUCUUCGUCAUCUUCCUCCUUGUCUUAGGAGCGGAUUCUACCACGUUCAACUUCGUGAACAAUUGCUUGUACACGGUAUGGCCGGCGACACUCUCCAACGGCGGCAUCGCACCCCUUCCGCAGACAGGAUUCGAACUCACCAGCGGCGCCAGCGCCUCGGUGGAGGCGCCGGCCGGAUGGGGAGGCCGCAUGUGGGCGCGCACCCGGUGCUCCAAUGACGCCGCCACCGGCAAGUUUUCCUGCCUCUCCGGGGACUGCGGAAGCGGACAGGUGGCCUGCCUGGGGGCCGGCGGCGCUCCGCCGACCACGCUGAUGGAGUUCACUUUGAAUGGCGCAGACGGGAACGACUUCUACGACGUGAGCAACGUGGACGGGUUCAACGUGCCGGUGUCGGUGGUGGCAACAGGCGGCACGAGCGGGUGCAACUCUGCGGCGUGCCCCGUCGACAUCAAUGCGGUGUGCCCGGCGGAGCUGAUAGUGGCGGCGCCGGACGGGGGCGUGGUGGGGUGCAAGAGUGCCUGCUUGGCGUUCAACACGGACGAGUACUGUUGCCGAGGGGCGUUUGGGGGCCCGGACACAUGUAAGCCCAGCAACUACUCAAUGAUCUUCAAGAAUGCGUGUCCGCAGGCGUAUAGCUAUGCGUACGACGACAGGACCAGCACGUUUACGUGCGCCGGGGCGACAGCAUACACCCUCACUUUCUGCCCUACGGCAAGUGCUCUCUAA